AUGAGCUUUGGAUGGUCUGCUGGGGACAUCUACCAGCUUAUUGUAGCCUGCCACACACUGGUAUCAAACUGUACUCUGGGGCCAACGUCUGCUCUCCAAAUAGUGCAUGGUCUGGCUGUGGAGAUUCAGGAACUCGAACGCCUACUGCAGCAGCUUCAGAAACUCGUUCAAGAUGGCGGCGAGACCUCCUGCAUCGAUCUGCGCGGAAUCGAGGAUACGCUGCGUGACUGUCGCACCCAUAUGCAAAAGUACAACAACCUGCAGCAGGCUUAUGAAAAUCAUCAUAGAAACAACACAGACCCCGUCGUAGCAGGAGAGAGACGGCCAUCUACCACUUCAACCACAGGGGGACGUACUAGAGAAAUCCUUAUCUCAGGUAGGAACGCAGCCAGAGUAGGCGGGGAACUGGUCAGACAUGCUACCUGGGGAAGUGGCCAGGUAUCUGCUCUCCAAGACCGGGUUUCGCGUCAUAAGCAGUCUCUGACACUCUACCUUACAGUGCUGGAACGAGAACGAAGCAUCCGCAUGGGUAAAAGGCUACAAAGUGUUGAGCGCAUGAUCCAUGAGCUUCAUGCCGAAGCUAUGCCUUUGACUCGCACCUACCCCCUCCAGCGUGUUGGGUCUAUUCCUAGCUCAGGUUUGGGCAUUUCAGACGGUUCUCCUGCAGACGGUGAUCGUUAUCAUAUAAUGCUAGAAGCUGUCGAGCGCCAGCGUGAAUACGCCAUGCUCCAACGUGCUCUCGCUGAAACCGGUAAUGACCAGGAAUGGGAGACUAUUUGUGACCAGCUUGAUCGGUUCCAUAGACGAGUCCUGAAUGUCAUUGAACGCAAGACGAACUCUACUGCUCAACACGGUUGCAGGAGCGAGCAUGGAUCUCAAAGCGAAAACGACAUCGAACUAAACAGGACGCUGCUGAACAUGUCAAGAGGCUCACUCAGGUCCCCUGCGAAUGAAAAUCAAUCGUACCGUCGCAGACGCCACGCAGCGUUUGAGACCCCACUUGAAAGAAUCUCUGAUGAAAUUGAGACGGAAACCGAUCACCAGUCUUCUCAUAUAUCACUUAGUGGCACCGAGGAAGUAGCAGACGGGCCAGGGAAUCCGAUUUACCGUACCUUAUCGACAGUUACAUUACCAUCCUACACACCAUCGGUAUUCUCCGAUUUCACGUCAACAAGCACUGCUGCCACUGAGGAUACUGCAGUUACAGCUACCAAUGCCGCACAUAUGGAAAUACCCGGUAGUCAUAAUAAACCUUCAUAUAUGGCUUCCCCAACGCAACCUCUCUCAGCUAGUCCAUCAACCGUCAACUCUCUUUCUAUCCCGCUAUCAACAAGUCCUGGGUCAAUCCAUUCAUAUUCAACACCAAUUAGCCCUAGGUUUGCGCCAAGACAGAGUCCUUCAAAUGCACGCGAUUCCAUAUCUAGCUACGCCAGUACAGCACCAAGUGUUGUCAGCAUAGAGAAUGGGAAUGCUCCGUUGCGCAGUAGGGGUUACAGCAAUGGAAAUGGCAGUUCUUUCCCUCCCUCACCGGGCAUGGUGUCGAGACGGGACACAGAUGAUUCGGGCCAUCAUUUGAGUUGUGGCUGGAAGACUAUUCCACUUAAUGGCAGCGUAAGAAUCUACCUAUUCUCAGGUGUAAGAUUCGCUAGUUUCUUAUCGCCAUGCAAACGUUCUAAUAUUGCAAUAGUGUCCUCAGCUGAAAGGCGAACGAUUCCUCAUAUCGAACCGCCUGGUGACCGCGAUAGAAGCCAUGAAGCAGGAGUUAUAUACUUCAUAAAGGCGCCCAAAACAAAAUAUGGCGAGCACCCAAAGUACUACAUUGAAGAUCCAGAUGAUCUCAUCUAUCUACAAAGUUUAAUCUUUGGAAAAAAUCUACUUCUCUCGAUGCUGGUGCAGAAGAUAUCUAGUGUGAAUGGAAGAGAAUCAGAUCGCCAGUAUCUACGAAUAUGGGAAGAGACGGACGGCGAAGGGCACGACGGAGAUACAUCGAUUCUGUAUUUUGCCUCUGCAAGGGAACGACCUCGGUAUAUUGAAGUUCAUCGUGAGUUUGCUAACCAACAAGCUAGCCAACCGUCAGUUUAUCGGCUCUACUAA